AGCACGGCGCUUAGACGCUCACGGGGGGAAAAAAGCUAAAAAAAAAAAAACAAAAAACCAAAAUGAUCUCCCGGGAAGUUGUCCGCACGGUGUUCCUCUCGGCACUGCUGUAUGCCUCCCUAGCUCGGGAUGCGGGCCCCCAGUCGGAGACCAGCGCAGAGGACAUCCCCGAGGGGGCUUCCACCCUGGCUUUUGUGUUCGAUGUGACUGGCUCCAUGUAUGACGAUCUGGUUCAGGUUAUUGAAGGGGCUUCCAAAAUCUUGGAGACGUCUUUGAGAAGACCCAAGAGACCUCUUUUCAACUUUGCCUUGGUGCCUUUCCAUGAUCCAGGUGCUACCAAGUGGGAACGUUUUCAUGUGGCUGUAGAUGUCUUUCCUGUAGCAUAG